GGUUUGCGCGCUGGCGCCGCUGGUUUGAGUUGUUGUUGUGUGUGAACGAGCGAGUGUCAAACAACCACCGCAGACUCAGCCGCACCGCCAGCCACCACCAGCCACCACCAGCCACAACCUCCCUGUUCCUGCUUCCAUCCCCCCAACACCCUGCCUCACUCCCUCCGCCCACGCCACACCCAAACACACCCUCCCUCACACCGUGUUGGCUUGUCGACAUCAGACAUGGCAGAGUCGACGAGGAUGAAUGAGGAAGGGCUGUUUGUGCUGGAGGUGGUGUGUGCGGAUGUGAAGGUGGACGUGAGUGCACUGCAGGCCCCGUUGCGCGCCCCGCGGUUGUCGGUGCAGCUGCUCGACUAUCCGCCUCUGAUCCUCCCAGCACAGCGACGUGCACCAGCCACAAGCACAAGCAACACCGACGCCAACACCGACACCGGCCGCGGUGGCAGUGGUGGCAACAAUGCUGCUGUAGAUGCUGCUGGGGCGACGGAGCGCCUCGUGUUCGCAGAGGGCGCAUCGGCCCUGUUCAAGGAGCAGCCUGCCAGGUUCACAAAGGCGCUGCAAGGCGCUCCCCUCUAUAUCAUGCUCUUGGACAUCCCACAGGCACCCUCCACAGGCAGUGGACUGGUGCAUGUCGCUGGCGUUGCGCUCGACUUGAGGGGAUGGAAGAACGACACGCAACGCCUGCAUGGCUUCGUGCCCGUGGUCAUGCACGACGUCUUUGGAACACAGGUGGCCACAACAACCCUCAAGCUGUCCAUCAGCGCGCUUGGCCCAGAAAUCCUGCGGCACAUGGACCCAAGCAGCCUGCGCCUGCAGUCGGCCGACCGGAGGCAGGACGACCUAGUUCGCAUGCACCGCGACAGAGUCUUCCACUCGGCACCCACCACAAACGUGCACCUCCAGGCCGAUAACAACGUGAAGAACACCAAUGCCACACAUGACACACCCGGGCACAGCGGGAUUGGUGGCAUGAGCGGCGUUGACGAAGAAGCAGAUACGAUGGCGGCAUCAGGGCAUGAGCCACAACUCGUCGUGUAUCGUGGCGCGUCCACGGGCGCUGGUCAGCGCCUCACUCGCGUCGGCUACGUCACGUCUGCACUGUCGGCGCGCAGACACCGCGGGCCAAAGGCAAACAAGAGCUACCCACCCCCGCUCCGCUUUGAACACCAGCCGCAACCACAGUUUCCGCCACACGAGACAGAGGCCAAAGACCAGACAGAGCACAAGCAACAACAACAACAACAACAACAACAACAACAACAACAACAACAACAACAACAACAACAACAACAACAACAACAACAAGAGGAGCUGCGUGUGCACGAGUCCCUGAUGAGCCUGCCCGAUUUCGACGGGAGCGGGUCGCUCAUAUCGCCGCUGAUCACAACAGCGGACAUGGCGGCCGACCCUGCGUUUGGGGGCAUGGCAGCGCUGCAGGAAGAGGAUGAAGAUGAGGACGAAGAAGACGAAGACGAGGAACAGGAGAAACAGGGCAGCGGUGGCACUCGUGCUGACAACACCCAUGGAGGUGACGCAUACACUGGCACUGAUGAGAGCGAGAGCGAGGGGUACGGCGAUGAACAAGAGACAGGCGCCAAGUCAGUGGCGGUGGAGGAAGGAGCAGAGGAUUAUGAAGAGAGCUUUGAGUCUGCCAGCCAAUCACCAGUGUCGGAGGGAGGUGAGACGACGAGCGGAAGUGCUGGUAAUAAUAGCAGUGGCGAGAGAAGCGUGUUUGCAACUGGUGAAGAGAGCGAACACAUGCAGGAUCGGCACCAGCAGCGGCGGCGGCGGCGACACACGCGCGAAUCACAGCAGCACGGCGCUGAUCACAGCAGUGGAAGCAGCGGGGGCAGUGGUGCCGACAGCGAUGCGGAGAACGUGCGUGAAGGCGAUCGGCCGUACACACACGCGCGGCGCGAGUCAUCACGCUCAAGCACGCGCACGCGAGAUGAGGAAGCAAGACGCGUGCUCAGCUCUCGGGAGAGCGCUGGGCCAGAAGGAGAGGUGGUUGGAGGCAUGCAUCGUGUGGUCAGCGCAACAACGCCAGCAGACCUCUCAGAGACACUUGGCGACAGUUUCCGCGACAGGCCGACAUCAGCGACGAAUGCAGCCGACUUUGAUCGGGCAGCGAUGUGGGAGCACAUGUUGACGCAGCAGAACGAGCAAGAGGAACAAGAAGAGGAGGGGCAGGGUGCUUCAGACACCUAUGAUGAUCAUGAUGAUGAUGAUGAUGAUGAUGAUGAUGAUGAUGAUGAGGAGGAGGAGAAGGACGAAGAGGAAGAAGUCUCUGCCGUGUCUGCAGCUCCAAGGCCGACACAGUCGCGGCCGCAAUACGAUGAUGAGCAGCCCUGGGGUGAAUCCAUCGUCGCUGACAGUCUGGAAGUGACAGCAAGAGCAGCGCCCGCGUCUCCACCGCCAGCGGCGACAACAGCGGCGUCGACAUCGACUAAACUGAGCAUUCUCGAACGCAUUCGGCUCGCGCGCCAGAGCUUAAACGUCAGCAAGGACUGAAGCGUGCGGGAGUGCUGUGACUGUGAGCUUCUUGUUGUAUAUGCGUACGACCAUGGCUGCGUAUUCACGCUUGUGUGUUGAAAGUGUGGAAGUGUGCACCAUGUUAUCCCUCUGCUUCGCCGGCCCACAUGCGCUUCCUCAUCCUGAGAUGGAAAGCAUGAACACUGUAUUCACUGCUACAUGAGCGCCAACGCCGCACACGCGUGAAAUCGACCAGA